AUGCGCAAGAAGUCUGUCCCCGCGGACUUCUCCUGGGGCCACCUCGAGGCCAUCAAGGCCAACAGCAGCGACCAGGGCACGUGCGGCAGCUGCUGGGCGCACGCGUCGCGCGUGACCAUGCAGGCCCGAGCGGAGGUCAAGGGGUUGAAGGAGAUCCACUGGUCGACCAACCAGCUGAUCGCGUGCACGCCGAACCCGAAGCACUGCGGCGGUGAGGGCGGCUGCGAGGGAGCCACUGCCGAGCUCGCGUACGAGUACGUGUUCAACAAGGGCCUCAUGCAGGACAGCGCGUUCCGCCUCAAGGCCGGGGACAACGUGACCGCGGAGUGCCCCGAGAACCUGAAGGCGUCCACCGAGGUGGCCAGCAGGGGCAUCGUCGGCGCCGACGGCAGCGAGGUGCACCGCGUCAAGGAGCACAUGGCCGGCCACGCCCUCGGCCUCACGGGAUGGACGAAGCUGCCCGAGAACAAGGAGGACGCGAUCGUCCGGGAGCUGCUGACCGGCGGCCCGCUCUACGUCGCGGUGGCCGCUGGCGACGGCUGGUUCGACUACAACUCGGGAGUGAUGACGGAGGACUCGUGCGACAGGACUCGCGUGCACCAGGUCCUGGGCCCCGAGCUGGCCCGAACGGGCCUGGUGGAGCGUGCGCUCCUGCCUCCCGACAGGGACUUCAUCGUGAACCACGCCGUGGUCCUCUUCGCCUGGGGCGUGAAGCAGAAGACCGUCCGCGGGCCGGUCAAGUACUGGCAGAUCAAGACCGGGGGUGGUUCUUCUUCAACUUCCCAGUUCACCCUGACCUACGUGGACAUCGUCGGAUUCUGCACGUUCCAGCAGCGGGACACGCUGGGCGUCGACAGGACUGAGACGGCUGCGAUGCUGGAAGAGGUCAAAAACAAUUUGAACGAUUAUUUCCAGGACGCCAACAACAAAUACAAGGGGCAACAUCGACUCAGGGCUCGCGCGCAACCUCAUCCCGACGUGCUCAAGGCGUGGCAGUUCCGUGACGAGGCCGAGGCCAUGGCGUCGUUCACAGGGUACCGCAGGUGGCGAUAG